UCCGUUGGCGGUACCAUACCUAAUUUCGUCAAGCCUGUCCGCCGCAACUCGCGGCGACCGCAAGGGCAGCCAGUAUAGUUACCAUGGCUCAGAUUGCCCUGCCACGACACCAGGCUACACAGUCGCAGUCUGCGGGUAUAGGCUCACCGCUUUAUCAGCGUCGACAACAAUCCAAUGCCGGCCCCAUAGAACUCAUCCCUAAUCCCGAAUUCUCAUUCCCCAUGCGAGAGCCAGACGCAUCGUCUUCAGAGCCUGUACCGAUCAGCUCACGCCCAAUGUCGCUACAGGCCUAUCCAACAGGCCGUCGAGCGUCAAUGCCGCACCAGAGGCAGAAGUCUGUCAAUGCCCUACCCGAGUUUUCGUUCAAUCCUGCAGGUGCUGCGAAAACAAGCACAGGCACUUCUCCACCACAUUCGCCUACGACACUGCCAACAACGCCGUCAAAACCGAUCCACGGGCAUAGAAGGGGCGGAAGUGAGUUCAUUGGUGGCGCCGGCACGGCACUGAUGAGCAGCAGUCCUACAAAGGGCGAUGAUGUCCUCCCUCCUCCGAGUACCACACUGCGACCUGGUCCACCCGCGGGCCGUCGUGGCCAUGCUCAUCGCCGCUCGGGUGCCAUCUCCUCCCACGAUCUGUCAUCAAUGAUGAGCCCUCCCGCUCCUUCGCGAUCAGGUAGUGCACCCUCUACACCGUCCGAAGGCAACAAUGAGUUCAAAUUCGGUCAUUCGUUCAACAGGUCGACUUCGCAACCAUCAUUACGGGAUACUAGUGCGGACGACGACUCGACUGCACGGCCACCUUCGAGGGCUCGGGUUGGAUUCUCCGAUAGAAUCGAGUACAUUCGCCCGCUCUCAACCAUCUCUUCAGAGACCGAGACAUCCAUGUCUACAAUUCGAGGCCAUUCGGCGACGAACAGUCUCUCGUCAAUCGUAGGAGGCAGCAGUCCACAAGCAGCUCGCGCAGGUCGUCCGUCUCUGAGCACGGUCGAGGAUGAAGGACGACCAAGUACCGCCGGGGCUGUCUUAGACAAAUUCAUGAGCAGCCCGCUCAGUGGAGGACCGUCUGACCGGAAACGGCCCAUGUCCGCUGUUUCUCCCAUUUCGCCCACUGCCCCAAAUGCUCGAGUUCCGGUCAAGCGACGAGGCUUCUUCCGACUAGAGUCACGACGUACCGAUCACUCGAGCCACACGCUUCCCAAGAGUGUUUCUGAUCCCGCUCUUUCAAACUCACUUGAAUUGCCCCUCACAUCGCCAAUGAUUGAUGACGAGGAAUCCGUAGAAGACGUUGAGAAGACCAAAUCAAUUCCACGAAAAUUCACUCGCAAGCCUCGCAAAGUCAAGUCUUGGGCGAACUCGAUCCUUCCACGAAAAGGGAAGCACAGCAAGAAAUCCAAGGCAAGGGUCGCGACACCUCCACCAGACUCGGUCCCUGAUGCUGAAGACACGGAUGCAUCGGAGGACUUGGAUUGGGAACCCAAUUUCGAUGAGGAUACUACUGUCACUAUAGUUUCACCGACCGAGUCCUCAGCUCCCGAGCUAAAAGUCGACACUAACUAUGCCUCAUGGCAACCCCGGCAAUUGACUCGUGUCGAUUCCGAUGUCAUGAGUCCUAUCAUUGACCUGGACGCUGCACUGGGACCAUUCAACACACCCAAUGGCUCUAGCCCGCGAAAUCAUCAGCGUGGUUUCUCAGCUCACAGACGAGCUAUGCACAGUGCUAGUGGUGUCACUCCCAAUCAUCGAAGAACGGAAAGUGCACCCGAAUUGGUGCCGUUCGAUCUUCGGUCCUCGUCAGUUACUACGGCUUCCCCGAUGGCUGACGUAUUCGAGGAAGAGGAGCCGGAAGAGGAGUUGAGCCUUCCAAGAAGAGAUUCGAAACCUUCGUCUGUAACCGAGGAGGCUGAAGAGCCCAAGAUCUCGGUCGUAGAAGCAGACGGCAAGCAGGAAGGAGCGGCCAUCAAUUGGAACUUCAAUGAUGGCCUUGGUAUUAGGCGCACAGAGAGGGGCUUUGAAGUCAACUCUUCGGAGCCUUUGUCUCCCCGUGCGCUUCCACAGAAUGUGUCCAAUUCUACCGUCACGCCACAGCCACCAGCGGAUGAAGUGAAGGAACAGCAACCUGUGAUGAACUUGUCACUCCCGCUUCCGCAGCAGAGCCUCAUGACACCUGACACUGUUACUUCAUCCUUUUCGUCGCCGGAUUACCGUUCGAGCCAAAUUUCCUUCGACACUCCCCGCGUAGGCACUUCAGCUUCAUCGAUGAGCGAUUAUCCUCCGAUGCCCUCACCACGCUUUGGGGAACCUGGACCUGAGCUUCGUGUCUCGGUGGACGAUGUUCCUUCCCUGACAUCUUCCAGGUCGACCAUGACUAUCGCUAUGCAGAACGCUUUCCCACUUGCCAGCCCUCGCAGGCCUGGCGACCGCACGGCAUCGUUGUGCUCCGACCCGAGCGAGUUGGAAACCCGGCGCCGCAAGCGCUCUAGCAUUGCUAGUUUGUCUCGACUGAUCAACAGCUCUUCUUACAGCGAGAGAAGCAAGCUGUCCAUUGAGCAGCGCCCGCAAUCUGAGUGUCUCGAACCUACCAAGGACAAGAAGAAGAACAACCGGCUGAGCAAGCUCAAAUUUUGGAAGUCUUCCAAGGACUCUUCCUCGCCACGAACUUGAACCACCACAUCCCAAGACGUCAAAACGUCUUGCACACAUCCUACGUCCCUCUACUUCGUGGGAUUGCAGCCUUGCUUUCCCGCGACUACAUGUUGAUGCCACGACAUUAUGGCUUCCAUACACACCACACCCCUCU